CAGGGCAGCUGGACACUACUACAGCUGAUGCUCAUCUAGCAGUCACGAUGAAGGCACUGCUCAGCAUCGUCCUCGGUCUUCUCUUCCAGGAACUCGCUUGCGCCAUUUAUCUGGCUCCUGGCGCCUACACUAACAGCUCCCGGGAUGCGGAGGGCCAGUGCGUGUGUAACGUCUAUCUGCCGGACCCCAUCUUCCCGGCCGACACGGUGGAGCAGCUGCAGCUCAGCACUAAAACGAUUGCCACGGCCGUCACGGUGGAAUCAAAGAAGGUGGCAGAGAACUACGCUACGCUGGUGCGUUAUACUGGGCUGCUGCAGAACCUGACGGUGCGCGUGGAGCGAAUGGAGCAGGGCCAUGACCGCUACACAGAGCUGGACUUUGAGCUGCUGCGGGUGGAGAUCAGGGAGAUGGAGCAGCUGGUGCAGCAGCUGAAGCUGGAGGUCUCCAGCGCCACGCUCGAUCGUCUCCACCUCUCGAUCCAGAACAUCAGCGUGGUGGUGAACACGCUGGACAGCUACGACAGGAACAACGUGCUGGUCAUCCGCCACCAGGUGGACACUCUGCGCAAGCAGCUGCAGGACUGCCAAAAUGAGGCCUCUAAUGCUGGCCAGCCCCCCAGCAACAAUGCUGACCAGUCCCCCAGCAACAAUGCUUACCAGCCCCCAAUUGGCUCAUGUGCGCACGGUGGCUUGCAGAACGUCAGCGCACCAUAUAUUCACAUUCUGAACAUGCAAGGUUCAGGGUACAUAUAUGGCGCGUUUGGGAAAGACCCACUCCCACUGAAGGGACGUGAGGAUGCGUACUGGGUGAUAACCAGCUAUCAGGUUUACUUUACUGCGUUUCAGAUAUUUGCCAACAACCGGGCACUGCAAACCUCUAAGCUGUUGGAACAAAAGACCAUUUAUUACGACACAGAUUAUGGUUAUGGAAUGGAUGCAGUGAUGUACAAAAAUCACAUGUUUUACAGAUGCUAUACUGGUGUCGCUGUUUGCAAAUUUAACAUGACAGCCUCCACUAUUACCAGAGCAAAUCUCCCCCAAGCGUCAGGAGUCAAUACGUAUCCUUACCUGGGCAAUACAUAUUCUGAUAUGGAUUUCUCUGUGGAUGAACAAGGUCUAUGGGUCAUUUACUCUGCCAAUGGGAAGGUGUCCCUUGCUUUACUUAAUGAUACUUCCCUUGCUGUUAUCAACAGCUGGACUACCACGCAGUACAAACCCGCAGUCAGCAAUGGCUUCAUGGUGUGUGGUGUCCUGUACCUCACGCGCACCUAUAGCCUUAAAACUGAAGAGAUCUACUUUGCAUUUGACACCAACACUAACCAGGAGAGGUCUUUGAGCAUCAUGAUGGACAAGCCCAUGGAAAAGAUGAGCAGCCUCAGCUAUAACGCAGUUGACCGCAAUCUGUACAUGUAUAAUCAGGGAUAUAUGGUCACCUAUAAUGUGAUAUUAAAGGGCAUGUGAUUUUUCUAUGAUUUUGACCUUUUAUGCAUAUUAUAAUCACUAACACAAUACUUUGUCAUCCAAAUCUUCUACCAAUCUGUAAGGGCUGUAAUUGUUAUCUCCUUUUUUCAAGUGCUAAGUAUCACAAUUAACACACCUCCCAUGCACAGUCAGAAUUAACACCCUGGCCAGUACGGUUAGUGAAAUCAGGACCAAGGCAUUUUCAGAUACCAAUCACCGCUGAUUGUGAGACAUUGCUGGAAGCGAAGUCCGAAUGCUGGUAUCAUAGCGCAUUCCGGCGUAACAGGCCGUAGUAUACCACCGGGGUUAAAACGGCCUAGGCGAGAUUAUACCCAGGUAUAUUAUACUCUGGGGUAUAUUAUGGCCUAGGCCAAAUUAUACCCCUCUAGGCCAAAUAAUACCCCCAUGAUAGUAAUAUUGUUGAGCGAUAUACACAUGAAUUACACAUUUUUUCCAACAUUUUAUUUGAAAACUGUAAACACAUAGACUUUGAUUGCUUCAACCAGAAAAAAACUUUAAUAACCCUAACCCUAUCCAUAACCCUAACCUUAUACCUAACCCUAAAAAUGCUUCAAUUGAUCAAAUUGAGAUUCUUAUUUCCAUUUAUACGCUUUUUAGAUAUCGAUUUAAGUGCGUUUGAACUUUCACAUGGGGCAUAUUCUGGCCUGAAGGGGUAUGGUCUGGCCCAGUCUAGUUUAAACCCCCGGGUAUAGUUUAGCCUAGGACACUUUGUCCCCUAUGGCCCAAACUAUACCGGGGUUUAAUCGGGGCAGGGGUUAUUUUAGCUUGUUACAGCGGGAACCACCACAUACCGCAUCACCUCCGGUUCUAAUAAAAUGACUCAAAAAUAACAUAUGGUCACGUGUCGCAUCUGCACAGAGUUUCUGAUAUAAGCAUUGUACAAUUUUUUACAAUUGAAGACUAAAUAUCAUUAAUUUGUUUUCUAAUAGAAUAUUAAUUUUAAAAAGUAAUAGUUGAUGCACGGCAAUUCCAGUGCCAAAACAGAUGCUGGAUAUAAGCACAACCUAAUCGUGGUGGGCUUAUAACCAAAGUAUGCCUUCUGCCCAACAAAAGUAAUGUAAAAAUGUGUUUCUUGUAUCAGAACUGUGCUUUUAUAAGCUUCGACUGCACCUUGAAUUAUUAGGAGUCAAGUCAUGCUGAACCUCCGCUUAUGACCAAUGGUGGAAAUAUGAUAAUCCAGUGAUUGGAUCUAAAGUCUCCUGCAUAUCAAACACGUACAAUAUAGCUAUUGUACCACAACAUUGGUUUGCAGUUAUUGAUGACAGCGCUUUGUGUAACAACAAUUACAUUCCAAGUUCCAUUUAAAACUCUCGCUGUCAGAGAGCAGCCCGAGAUGUCAUGGCACUACUCCACCUCAAUAAGCCUCUUGUACCCACGAAUUGAAAACCAUUGAUUUUCCCACAAAGGUCAAUUCAGCUUUUUUGCAGAGCUGGUAUAUUCCAAAUGUAAUCUCAGGAAGUUUCAUUGUGCAGUUAUUGGAGGCCAGACUAAGACGAUUCACACGCUACACUCAACCGGGUUACGUCGUGGGAGGCUGCUUGGAUUUUGAACCCAGAAUCUCAGCAUUACUGCUGGCUCGGUGCUCUGGCAUUGUUCUCACCUCCUGAGCCACCCGGCCACCUCAAUAACGAGCUAAAUGAAUUUUAUUUGCACAGGUUAAGUACUGAACACGUGGUCAAAACAACCUAUUUUAGAUGCAAGUGGACAUGUCAAAAGGUAUAGCCAGUUUGCUGGUUGUCCUUUAUUGGACCAAGCUUAAAGGAUAAGUAAACUGAAUUGAAUUCUGUCGUCAAUUUUCCCAAAUGACAUUGGACAGGACUUCUUAAGAAAAAAAAUCCACUUGGUUAUCUUUUCGUUAAUGUAAACAAUAUAUGGUUUUUUUUUUACCACGUGAGUUCACGCCUUGUCAAAUCUAAUGUGUGAGUGUAAAUGUAGCCCAGGUGGUAAAUUUUAAACCGAUGGCCCUCAUAAACUAAGCUAGUCGCAUUCAUCAGCACAUACUAUCAUUCUUAAACAGACCAUUUUACAUAACAGAUCUGCCAUUUGGCUUUUAUAUUAGAAUAUAAUUGUUUGCAUGUUCCAAUGCUGAUUUGCUCAUUAUUUCGAGAAUUAUACACACUUUUACGUGGAAUGGGAAUUUUCCAGGUGUCAUAAUUUAGCAUAUCAUACUUGUUGGUAUGUUUGUGGUUUUGAAAUAAAGGAAUUUCUUGGA